AUGUCCAAGAAGCAUCAGAAGCAAGUCGAAAAAAGGCUUAUUGACAUUGUUAAUAGCCACCUGAAUGAAAAUAAGUGUGGAGAGUGUUCAGCUACGUUUCCUACAUGGGCGCUGUGGAAUUUAGGGAUUUUACUUUGUGGAAGAUGUGCCUCUGUGCAUAGGAAAGCAUUGUCAGGGGUAUCUAAAGUGAAAUCAUUGACUUUGGAUCAGUGGUCCAGUGAACAAAUAGAAACCCUUAGUAGGAUUGGGAACAAGAGGGCCAAAAAGGAAUGGAACUCUAAGCGAGUACCCUUUCCGUAUGCAGAUGAUGACGAUCAGGGUCCCAUUGAAGAGUACUUCAGGGCAAAAUACAUAGAAGGGAGGUAUAGGGAUGAGAGCUUGGAUGACUUGGAUGAUGUUAGACUGCUGAAACUGAGACUGAGACUGUCGUCUAUAGCUACCGGUGGAGGAGGUAGAUCCAGAAGGAACACAGUGACGCUGGCCAGAGGAAGGGACAUACCAAGAUUGAGUCACAGAAGGUUGACUCAGUAUGAGCAGUCUCAGCAUGUUACCCAAGUACGUCAAAUUCUGAACUUGGGAUACCACAACCAUGACUCUGUUUUGGAGGCGUUACUUUUGAGUGGAGGGAAUGUUGAGUAUGCCUUGAAUAUUUUGGAUGAAGACCAAAAGGUAAACCCUCAGGAAGAUGAAUUACCUCCAGCUUUGCCAAGGAGACCAGCUAGUAAUUCUGGUAUUUCGAGUACUACUGGAACCACUGGCUAUCUGGAAAACAAUCCACUUGCUGCGAUGGCGACAGGGCAACAGCCUCAACAGCAAACUCAGAGUAACGAUUGGUGGAAGGCAUCAGGUACUGGACAGCCUCAGCAACAACCAUUGCAAACUGUCAUGAUGCAACAGCAGACUGGAAUUAUUCAGCAACAACAACCUCAAAUAUACCAGUACACUGAUCCAGUUACAGGACAGGUGUCGUAUAUUGAUUCUAAUGGUCAGCAGUAUAUUGAUCUGAAUAAUCCACAACAUCAGCAACAGCUUCUUUUACAACAGCAACAGCAGCAAUUAGCUCAGAAUCCGCAACAUUUGGCUCAACAGGCAACGAAAAGGGACAUCAUGACCUUAUACAACCAACCAGAUAAGUUUACUACAAAUGUUGUCGCCCCCGUUGGAAGUAAUCAGUCACAGCAACAACAGCAACAGCAGCAACCACAGGCCACUGGCUUCGGAUUCCAACAACAGCAACCCCAGCAACCCCAAGCUACUGGCUUUGGAUUCCAACAACAGCAACCACAGCAACCCCAAGCUACUGGAUUUGGAUUCCAACAGCAGCAGCCAACUGGUUAUGCCUUUCAGCAACAGUAUGUAGGCGGAGCAGCUCCUCAACAGUUCACUGGGUUUACCCAAUACAACGGACAACAGAAUGGAUACCAACAAAACGGACAAUAUCAGUAA